AUGGCCCGACCUGAGGGCUUUCAACGCUAUAAUAUAGACUAUGAUUAUGAAGGCUACUCCUACUCAGAGUCUGACUCUGAUAGUAGUUCUGAAGGCUCGUCUUCGCUGCCACCUUUUCAGUUGCCCAAAGCAAGGAUGGACGAGAAGUGGAUGAGGGACAAAAGAAUAUCAAGAAAACCACAUUAUGGUAUAUCAACACGAGGGCAUAUCAAACCCACCGAUAGCAGUUCACUAUCGACUAUUCAAUCCAAUAUCUCAUCGCUUUUGGAAUCCACAAAUGAUGAGGAUGAUCUUUCGGAUCUCUACACACCUGUGCAGAAAGGCGAAAAACAUCGGGUGCCACCUGUAUUCGCCAUGCCUCAGGAACUAUCACCUGUCAUGGGCACAUCAAUUGAUGAGCCACCAAGUGUUCCCUCAUUAAGACUGCAGCGAGAUUGGAGACCUCAGCAAACAUCCACUUCAACGUCGUUUCAGCCAUUUGUCUCAACCCUGCCGAAGACCAAUCCUCAUCAUGGUCCAAAAUUUGUUAGUUCAACCCCUCGUGCAUCAACUGCCAACCGAAUUCCUAUGUACAGUUAUAAUCAAAUUAUUGAAGGAGCAUCACGGCCGAGUAGUUAUUAUAGCGAGGAUCUAUGCGAACUUCCAUCAUCAGCACGAUCACAUGUAGAAAAUGUUAAGCCAACAUUUUAUCGUCCCGAAAAUUUUGGCUUGCCAACAGGUGUAGCAAAAAAUGUCGGAAGUGAAGGAAUAGUCUUUCUGAGUAUGACUCUUUGCGGAAACCAAUUGAAUAUUACAAUAAAUGAAGCCGUAUACUUCCAAGAUCCAUAUCAACCACAAAUCUCUUCAUACGUGAGAGUGGAAAUGCGUAGACGCUGUGGAAAUAGCCGGAAGAGAUACUACAGGGAAAAAAUUCAGUCAUAUAAAACCCGUAAUUGGGUGGGAACAAAUCGACCAACAUUCAACGAAAAGUUCACAUUGUAUGGAUUUAUACUUCAGUUAUAUAUGUAUAAGCUUGUGAAUCAGGAAAUAGGCGAUUUUGCUUGCUAA